ACAAGUUUUCCUUCCAAAAUGUUAUAAUUUGCCAAUUAAAACGAGAUAAGAGGGAGGAGAGUACACUAAAGACUCAACUGAAUUCUGGAAAUGGCGUCCAUGGAGUCUUUCUCUUCGAUUCUCUCCUCUACCGCGCUCAAAUUUCCUUCUCCGAAACUCUCUCAUAUGACUAUAUUCACACCGAGGUUCCCUUCUUCCUCAAUCGCUUCAAUGGCCUCCUCACAUCUAAUGGCAACCACUACGAAACACUCUGCUCAAUCCACGAAAACCAUUUCUGUAAUACCACCGCCGACCUCAACUUCCCAAACGGACUCAACCACCAUCACCACCACUUCUGUUCCUACCAAAAAGGUGCUGGUACCAAUCGGUUAUGGUACCGAAGAAAUGGAAGCUGUUAUCAUUGUAGACGUUCUCCGCCGAGCUGGUGCUGAUGUGACGGUAGCCUCAGUGGAGCCACAGCUGGAGGUUGAAGGUUCAGGUGGUACGAAGUUGGUAGCUGACACCUCCAUUAAGAACUGUUCCAAUCAAGUUUUCGACCUAGUUGCUUUACCGGGAGGAAUGCCAGGGUCAGCGAGAUUAAGAGACUGUGAAAUUCUGAAAGAAAUUACAAGCAAACAUGCUGGGAAAAAUGGACUUUAUGGAGCAAUAUGUGCUGCUCCAGCUGUAACACUUCUACCAUGGGGUCUUCUAAAAAGAAAGCAGACAACAUGCCACCCUGCAUUCAUGGACAAGCUUCCGACCUUCUGGGCUGUCAAGUCGAAUAUCCAGGUUUCUGGAGGGCUUACAACAAGUCGGGGACCUGGAACUUCUUUUGAAUUUGCGAUUUGCCUCGUGGAGCAGUUAUUUGGCGAGUCUGUGGCCAGAGAAGUUGGAGAAUUAUUGAUGGUCUGUGCUUCAGAAAAUGAAUCACGAAAGGAAGAAUUCAACACAGUGGAUUGGUCCUUUAACCACAACCCUCGUGUUCUUAUUCCAAUUGCUAAUGGUUCUGAAGAGAUUGAAGUGGUAACUAUUGCCGAUAUAUUAAGAAGAGCUAAGGUGGAUGUUGUAGUUGCUUCAGUUGAAAAAUCCCUAAAGAUUAAAGCCUCUCAAGGAACCAGGAUAGUUGCCGACAAGUUGAUUCGAGAAACUUCUGAGUCAAUAUACGAUUUAAUCAUUCUCCCGGGAGGAAUCGCUGGGGCCGAGCGACUUAACAAAUCUAGGAUUUUAAAGAAAUUGCUCAAAGAACAGAAACUGGGUGGAAGAAUUUAUGGAGCAGUAUGUUCCUCACCGCAAGUCUUGCAUAAACAGGGUUUACUGAAGGAUAAGAAAGCCACUGCCCAUCCCUCUAUCUUAAGUUCACUGACCAACGAAGUAAUCAACGAUACCAAAGUGGUUAUUGAUGGUAAACUGAUUACAAGCCGGGGACUAGCGACAGUAACAGAGUUCGCAUUAGCUAUAAUAAGUAAACUCUUCGGUCAUGCAAGGGCAAGAAGUGUGGCAGAAGGACUUGUGUACGAGUACCCCAGAAGCUAAAAAGUAAUAGGGUGUCAAGUUCUGUAAUUGGAACACAAUUUUCUUAUCAAGAGUAUAGAUUCUGGACCUGACUUUGUAGUAGAGGAAAAUAUAAGCUGAGGCAUAGUGGACUGGACCCUUGUCACGUUUGAGGCUAUAUAUCUUCCUUUUCAGAAAAAUGGUUACCUUGAAACUUGUAAAGCCCCAUUUUAUGAAUAUAGAAGUAGAGGCAUCAUAUAAGUCAUAGCAUAGCUUUUACAAGUCGUAGUUCUUUGAAAGUUGAAUUCCAGUGUUAUAACGUUGAUUUCUUUUUCUUUGCUUUAGGUGAAAUUUUGUGGCCAAUAAUACCAUAUAAGGUGAACUUAUGUUACAUGUUUA